AUGCCUUCGGAGGAGGAUGCGAAGCCCGUGAAGGUGCAGAGGGAAGUUAAAGAGGAAGAGGAGGACGAUAAGAUGAGCUUGGGUACAAUAAUGCUCAACCACAAGAAGAAAUCCACAAAAAUUAUGAACAAUGCGAAUGGGAAUUCCACAUCUGCGGCAAGAGAAGCCAAGGUGAAGAAAGAAGAGCAGCUCGAUAAUGAUUCUGAUAAACCCACUAAGGCUAAGCCCAAACAAGAACCCAGAGUUAAGAAGGAAGAGAAGAACAACGACAGUGAGGAUGAACGGGGAAUUGAAGAAGAGUACAAUAAAGAAAUGGAGGAGGAGGAAGAGAAGAAGAAGAAGAAGAAGAAGAAGGGUUCAGAGGUUACACAAGAGCAGAAGAAGAAGGAGAAGAAGGGGCCAGAUGUUACAACAGAGCUGAAGAAGAGGGAGAAGAAGGAGAAGAAGGUUUAUGAUUUGCCUGGUCAGAAGCGAGACUCUCCCGAUGAGAGAGACCCACUUAGGAUUUUUUAUGAGACGCUUUAUGAGCAAGUUCCCAAAAGCGAAAUGGCACAGUUCUGGCUGAUGGAGUGUGGUUUGCUAUCUAAAGAGGAGGCAAAGAGAGUGUUUGAGAAGAAGCAGAAGAGGAGUCAGCAGCAAAAACUCGGUUCUCCAAUGAAAGCUGUAGCUUCUGUAAAGAAGAGCACACAGUCAGUUACUGUCAAGAAACCAUCAACCCCAGUGCCUUCAAAUCAAAAGAAGUCAACGGUCUCUAAAGAUGCAUCUACGCAGUCUAAGAAGCGGAAGAAUGAAGAUAGAAGCUCAGAGAGUGACUCUGAUGAUGACUUUGCGUUGUCCACUAGGCUAAAGAAGAAAAGGCAAGCAGCUUAG